GCGGCAGCGCGCAGACAGACAGCGGCUGAAACCGACAGGGCUGCAAUAGCAGCAGCAGCAGCAGCAGCAACCAGGAGAGAGCAGAUCAUAGGCAUUCAUUCACAUUGCAAUCUAUAGUGUGGCAACACCAAGUCUCAGUCUGACCAGUGUGUCUAAUCAAAGAGGCAAAGGAAAGACAGCAAUUUAUCCAAGUGAAAUCUAAGAGAGCAUACCUUUAGGCUCCUUGAGGUCUUCUUAUCAUGAAGCUCUUGACAGCAGUUUUCCUCUUGCUGUUCAUUGUAAUCUGCUUUACCAGCGUGGAAGGAUCAAAAUGCAGAUGCGCAAGAAAGGGCCCCAAGAUAAGAUUCAGUGAUAUACAAAAGCUGGAAGAGAAGCCAAAGUAUCCAUAUUGCAAGGAAAGAAUGAUCAUAGUCACAAUGAAAUCCCGAUUCCGAGGUGGCCACCAGUACUGCUUGCAUCCCAAACUCCCGAGUACCAAAAGAUUACUUAAGUGGUACACAAUAUGGAAAGAGAAAGAGAGCAGAGUUUAUGAAGAGUAAGAAGGCAGAAACCUAGCAGAAGAAAUGGGAUUCUGUGGCAGACAUGAGGAAAAGAUGGACAAUGGAGGGAGACGACUUCUCACAAGACAAGACACAAAAUCUAUAUUGUUAUAAAGCACUUUUUACCAAGGAUCACUUUUUACAUUUUAUAGCUGUAAAAAAAAAAAGCUGCCAGAUUUCAUAAGGGUCUUUUACACACUAGAUUUCAUACAAACCCUCUUUGUAGAGAGAAAACUCAUGAGACGUAAUCUUCAUUUACAAAUUGGUGUCAUUUGUUUUUGUUUUUUAAAACCUUCAUUCAAUAGCUGUUCAUACAUCACCGUUACUGGAAACUGGGCUUUAUAAGCUCAUUCAGUGAAUCAUUAAUUUGUUUUGUUGUUGUUGUUGUUGUUUUUUAAAAAAAGGUGUUCCAAAAUAAUGUCUCUUCUUUGGCCUUUGGGAAACGUUCUAGGCCAUUGUAAAGAGUUCUAGUUUUAGAAGAUUUCCAUUUCUGUAGAACAAAAGAAGAGCUGAGGUAAAAUUUUCUGUGUAGGAUGCCUGAUACAUUCUGCAGUACAACUUCAGAAAUAAGGUUUUUCCGUGGUUUUGAACUGGGUAUAAGCUGUUCACCUGUUAAUCCUUGCAGAGGGUGUAAUAUGUAAUAUGCUACCCCUUUCUUUUUGUUAUUUUGUAUGGGGAAAAUAUUUCUAAAGCAGUUUAAUAGGAAGAAAGCACAUUCCCCCCGCCCACCUGUGGUUCUUAUUAUUAAAAGGCUUGAGAUAUUUUAAGCUUCAGGUAUAUUGUGUAUGGUUCCAUCAAUUUGUAGUCUGAAACUCUUUUUUAAAAUGUACCUUUUAUGGGAGAUGGGGAAUCUCUGAUAGGGGAAUGGAUAUAUCUGUUUUAGUCACAAAGCAACAUCUUUAUUUUGAAUGUAAUACUUUCAAUGGUAAGCAGUGCAUUCCUCUUUUUUUUAAAAAAAUUAUAAAUAACAAAACUACCUUUUCAAUUGUAAAUAUACUGCAGGAGAUUUUCCUCUAUUAUCUUGCCGUAUAAUGUAUUGUACUGCUAAAUUAUCAUAUGCUAUUUAAAUGUUUGAAAUAUUUAGGAAGUUGCAUGCAGAUUUCAUAUUUCUUUCUAUGACAAAUGGAAACAUAAAGAAUAAAAACACAUUUUAAAUG